CACCCUAGUCUGAAAAGUCUGAACACGGCCCUGACUACAUCCUGCUGGUUGUACUUUGAGUACUUUUCCAAACUGAAGCUGAAAAAUAAUAUAAAUCAAACGUUGCUUUCAGUGGGCGUGGAUAGGUUUGUACGACGACGUGGAGAGCUGGAGGUGGUCACUGUCGGACAGAAGUUUCUACAAACCUGGAGAGAGCACGUUCAGACACUGGUCACCUGGAGAACCCAACAAUGUGCACAGUGCAGAGCACUGUGGACAGAUGUAUGGUGAUGGACUCUGGCACGAUGAACCAUGUGGGAGACUUUACAAGCCAGUCUGCAGUGAUGUCACAGGGUCGAAUGUGACCUUUGUCCUCAUCAACACCUCCAUGUCAUGGACUGAUGCCAAGAGCUACUGCAGAGAACACCACACAGACCUGGCCAGUGUGAGAAACCUGGACGAGAACCAGAAGAUAAAGGAGCUGAUCUCAGGACUUACGGUUUGGAUCGGCCUCUCCAGAGAGACCUGGAAGUGGACGGAUGGAAGUAAUUCUUCGUUUAGGUACUGGAACCUGUCUGAACCCAAUAACAACUAUGAAACAGAGGGAUGUGUGGCCGCUUAUUUUAAAGACUCUGGCAGAUGGGAGGACUGGCCCUGUCACUACAAGAGAGCAUCCAUCUGCUACAGAGCCGAUCCUGCAGCAACGACAGCUUCUUCUGAACACGACACCAUCAUUAAAGACGCUUCAGUUUCAAAAGCAGUGGUCAAAGUGAGGCUGGUGAAGAGCUCCUCUGUGGAUCUGAAUGACCCGGCAGUGAUGGACGCCAUGUUGAAGAAGAUCAAACAGAAGCUGAAGGACCAGGGGCUGAAAGGCGACGUCAAACUGAGCUGGAGGAAGCAGGUGGACGGGAAGGUGUUCCACAAAGAGGAGGAGAAGAAGAAGAUGAGAAAGAAGAGGACGAUUACAAAACCAAAAGAUGAGCUGUAGAGUAGUGAAAGAUGUUUUUCAUCAGUAGCGGAUCAUUCCCACAGUUAUCGUAUGGUACAAAAGACUUCUUGUAUUUCAUUGGUACAGAGGCUGUGAGCGUCGACUGUUUCCUCUUAUAAUAAUCACUUUACUGUAACGAGGUGAUCAUCUUUCUGUAUUUGUAUAGUGUAACUCUUUCUCUAUGUCUUGUUGAAAGAUCAGAAAGAGUUAUGCAAUUGUUGAAUUUCUUUUUACCAUAUAUGUUCUUUUAUCAUCAUUUAAUUCAUAUGUCAUAUAGUCAUAACUACUUUUUUAUUGCUUUUACAUAUCCUGUCAAUCAUGCACACAUCCGCGGUGCCUAUGCACCUGUGAGGUCAGGAUAAGUGUGCCAUACUUUGAGUUAAACCACAUACGAGCUCGUGGGUGUAUAGCGUUUCUGCGAAUCUGCAUUGUUGAGGUUUUACAGAAUCUUGGAAAAAAGAGACAGUUUGGCUCUUUUUUGCUUUUACUAAAGGACUCCACGUCACUCUGACUUUUAAAUUCCUGUUUUGGGACUUAGUCUCUGAGACUGAGAUCUUUUAAAACCUCAAGUGUCUGCACGCUCGGGUUUAAACUUUUGAUUUUGUAUUUUACAUUUUUAUAGUUUUACUUUUACUGUUUUGUAUUUUAAAUAUCUUUUGAAGUUUUUUCAUUAAAUUUUCUGAAACUUUCUGAAACCAUUU